AUGGCCUUCCUAAUACUAGUGAUUGGGGACCUCCACAUCCCUGACAGAGCUCUGGACAUUCCCGCAAAGUUCAAGAAGCUACUCGCACCCGGAAAGAUCGGACAGACUCUCUGCCUAGGCAACCUGACGGACAAGCACACAUACGAAUACCUGCGGACGGUAGCGCCGGAUCUAAAGAUCGUGAAGGGGCGCUUCGACGUCGAGGCCACCUCGCUCCCGCUGACGCAGGUCGUCACGCACGGCAACAUCCGCGUCGGCUUCUUGGAGGGCUUCACGCUGGUUUCUAAUGAGCCAGACCUGCUUCUGGCCGAGGCCAACAAGCUGGACGUCGACGUGCUGUGCUGGGGCGGCACCCACCGCUUCGAGUGCUUCGAGUAUAUGGACAAGUUCUUCGUCAACCCGGGCAGUGCGACCGGCGCCUAUAGUACGAGCGCGGGCCUUGAUGGCGAGGAAAUAGUGCCUAGCUUCUGUCUGAUGGAUGUCCAAGGCAUAUCGCUCACAUUGUACGUUUACCAGUUGAGAAAAGAUGCAAAUGGUGUGGAAAACGUGGCUGUGGAGAAGGUGACCUACACAAAGCCAGUAGAGCCGACAGGAGGCUCAUGA